AUGCAGCUCACGUGGCAUGAAACCGCCGUAACCGCCAAAACCAGUCUUACAGAGUUCGAAUUCCCUCUGCUGCACACUAUCCCAAAACGGUCAGUCACGUUCAGAUUGAUGCUGGCGUUGGCAUUGUCGUCAUCGUCGUCGCAUGCGUGGUGGUCGUUGUCAGCGACGCUAUUGACAGACGUAUCGGCCGGACGAUGGGAGGUUGUCCUUGCCGCCGUCCAAACAUCGCCCCGGCUGGGCCACGAAGUGGACGAACAUGGCAUGAGUCUUCUGCACUACAUGUGCAUGCACCCAGCCUUGCCGGUUGAUGUCGUGUACUCGUACUUGAAGGCCGUUCCAGGGGCCAUCGAGACGUUGCACCGCGGCAAGGCGUUGAGACAUGUGACACAGUGUUCGGACGAAGUGCUCGCGGCGCUGGCGGCGGCGGGGUACCCGCACUGCGCCGUGCGGCAUCCAGUGACAUUGCCGUCGAGGUGGAAGGAAAAGCCCAUGUGUGGGCUGUGCUUCACAGCGUUCUCGAUCGUGAAUCGAAGACAUCAUUGCCGACGGUGCGGCGAAAGUGUGUGUAGCACCCACUCCAAGCACAAAGGACACGUCCUUGGCGGGGGCCUCCACGAUCUCGCUCGAAUAUGUGACCGAUGCCACGCCCAGGACAAUAUGACCAACCAACUUGGCCACAACUAG